ACAUCUGCAGCGGCAGCAGCAGCAACAGAAGAAGAAGAAGAUGCUACAGCCAGACAACGCCAGGGAAAGUUCUCCUUUGAGUCCACAUUGAACAACUUACGGAUUGUUCUGCUGCAUCCAGUCAUGGUCCGCCGCCCUCCUGCCUUCAGUCGCAUUCUUCUUCUCAUCUCUGACUCUGUGCUGAUGCUUGGAGCCACACUUGACCCCCAGAGGACCUCCCAGGCAAAACAAAGGGAUUAACGCUCAACUUUCUUAGGGUGCCCUCACUGAAAUGCAUCAUGCAGUCAUGAGACGUCACUAAGAACAAAAACAUGGAUGGGGAGCGUGCACUAAAUGCCACAGUGAACACCAGUACUAAAGACAUCCAACUGGUCACUCAUAGUCUUUGGGAAGUGAUCACCAUAGCGACCGUGUCCGCCAUAGUCAGCCUGAUCACCAUAGUGGGCAACGUCCUAGUGAUGCUCUCCUUUAAAGUCAACAGCCAGCUGAAGACGGUGAACAAUUACUACCUGCUAAGUCUUGCUGCUGCAGACCUCAUCAUUGGCGUCUUCUCCAUGAACUUGUACACCUCCUACAUUCUGAUGGGUUACUGGGCCUUGGGGAACCUCUCCUGUGACUUGUGGUUGGCUGUAGACUACGUGGCUAGUAACGCCUCAGUCAUGAACCUGCUGGUGAUCAGUUUUGACAGAUACUUUUCAAUCACGAGGCCUCUGACCUACAGAGCCAAACGGACUCCCAAACGGGCUGGCAUCAUGAUUGGUUUGGCUUGGCUGGUGUCUCUUGUUCUGUGGGCUCCGCCUAUUCUUUGCUGGCAAUACUUUGUUGGAAAAAGAACUGUCCCUGAGAGACAAUGUCAGAUUCAGUUCUUCUCAGAGCCCAUAAUAACCUUCGGAACGGCGAUAGCAGCGUUUUACAUCCCCGUGUCAGUCAUGACCAUCCUCUACUGUCGGAUUUACAAAGAAACAGAAAAAAGGACCAAAGAUUUAGCAGAGCUUCAGGGAGCAAACCAGACCACAGAGCCUGACGUCACUCAGCCUCGAAUUAUCCAAUCGUGUUUUAGCUGUAAACUAAGAUCUACAUCGCAUGACCGCAACCAAGCCUCGUGGUCUUCCUCAAGCAAGAGCAAUGCUGCCAAGUCCACCGCCUUCACCAAUGAGGAGUGGUCCAAAGCUGGUCAGCUGACCACCUACAACAGCUAUGCCUCCUCGGAAGACGAAGACAGGUCUGUGUCUCCUGGGGCCUCGCAGCCUCCGUUCGGGAACCGCGUCUGCGAGGACAGCAAGAGCGCUGCAGGAAACGAGAGCGAGCAGCUCAGCAGCUACGACGAGGACAGCUUCUUCCAAACGCCCCCCAAAAGCAACUCUCAGAAGAGCGGCAAGUGCAUGUCGUACAAGUUCAAGCCGGCUACCAAAGACACUCUGGCGAUGCACCAGAGCAAAAACCGCGACACUAAAGCCACUUUCUCCUCAGCAGAGUCCAUGAAUGCUCCAUCGGUGUCCAAGCCAAUGGACGCCACGCUGAAGAACCACAUGACCAAGAGGAAGAGGAUGGUGCUGAUCAAAGAGAGGAAGGCAGCUCAGACUCUUAGCGCUAUACUGCUGGCCUUCAUCCUAACAUGGACGCCCUACAACAUCAUGGUGCUCAUUUCCACCUUCUGCUCCGACUGCAUUCCGCUCUCCUUGUGGCACCUGGGCUACUGGCUGUGCUAUGUCAACAGCACCGUCAACCCCAUGUGCUACGCCCUCUGUAACAAGACUUUCCAAAAGACCUUCCGCAUGCUUCUACUCUGCCAUUGGAAGAAGAAAAGGGUUGAGGAGAAACUCUACUGGUACGGACAAAACCCAAUGGUUGGCACCAAACUUACUUGAACUAUUUAGAAAGUGUAAAUAAUCUUCUGACACUGCGCAGUAUGUCCAUUACUGCUCAAUCAUCACUUUUUGUGUGGUUGUGAUUAGCUUUAAAACAUGUUAACACGAAAACACACUCAGAGAGUGCAGACCUCUGCCAGGCCCUAUCUCGAGAAAAUAAAAUCUUGAAUCCAGACAGUGAUCCGGAUCACCCCCAAAAUCUAAUCACUUGGCUCUUAUCCCAUUCUGACAUUUCCUGAACGGAUCAUCAAAAUCUGCCCAUAACCUUUUGAGCUAUGUUGCUAACUAACUAACAAACAGAGAAACUAACCCUAGCAAAUACAUAACCUCCUGGUGGAGGUAAAAAGAAGGUUGAUUCUUGCAUGCACAAACUGACAUAAACAACCAACAUUAUUCCACACUGGACUAUGUUUAUAAUCUCAGUGCAUAAUUUAGUAUGAAAUGUAAAUUAUUUCGGUCGUGAUUACUCGCAAUAAACAAAUUUUACGGGCUGCACAAAAUGUCACAGACAUGUUUACCCUUUAAAGGUCAUCUGUUAUGCAAAAUCUACUUUUUAUGAUGUAAAAAGUAACAAGUCCCCUCAAGCUUGUUUAGAAAUUCUGGGUUUUCAUGACACACUGAUGAAGGGAAAACCUCCUCCCUAAUGUGUAUGAUCUCACUUCUGACCCGCCUUAACUAGAUGAGCUUGUCCUGUCAAUACGUCUACUUCACGGAGGACAGUUUUGUAAAAAGCAAAUACAACAUAAGCGGCUUCACUACACAUCUUGAAAUAAAGCCAAGAGCAAAUAUCAGUCAGCUACCAACGGAAGUUUCAUCAUUUUGUUUUUCUUCAAUGAUUAUGCUAAGCUACCAUUGUGAUGCCAUGUAUGUAACUGUGAUGGUAACACUGUAGCUAACAUAUGCUAAUGUUGCUAUUGUUUGUGUCCCAGUUAAUUAGACGUUGUUGUAUGUAAUAUAUGAAGUGGAUAACGAGUACAGUCGCGCUUCUUGUAGCCACACACUACAAACACUGCUUAUUGGCAUUAAAGCUGCGGGCACAAAACAGCGUGUUAUCAAACUAGGCUUACUAAAAGUAUUUUUAAACAGUCUAAAUUCCAGCUUCAAGGCUAGAUUUUGAGCAAACCAUUUCCAUAUAUAUACAUUUGAUAUUUAUUUAGUAUUGUUGGAAAAAAGGGGGCACCUUUAACUAAAAAUGCUAAGAUUCAAUUUGGCAUUGUUUCUGUUAUAUUUUAAAGGGCUAAGAAUGGCUCUAAAAGCUACUUAGACAGGACUGUAAUUUCAAGUCUUAUCACACGUGUCAAAUUUUUUCUAUUGUCAUUUAUGGGCUUCUAAGUAUCAUUGAACUUUGUCUAAUGAUAAGACAUUUGUAUUUUAAACUCAUUUUUAUUUAUUUUUUUAGUCAUAGACAAAUGGAGAUACAUACUUUGCAUUGGACAGCGAAGAUACUAUACACGUUUUAGGAAUUAAAACCUUAUGACUGAAGUCCAGCCUGUCCAGCAUUUUUUAUUAGCCAAGCCAAAUACAAGUCAGUUAUAGGAAGAAAUGUCAACAAAGGGAGUAGUAUAGUUUAGGUUUUUUUUAAAGUGUGAAACAGUUGUAGCCUCCCCUAAUAUAUUUCUUUGUAUACUGUACUGUACACUGGCUGUAUAUGUUAUAUUGUAGCUCAUACUUGCCAACCCUCCCGAAUUUUUCGGUAGACUCCUGAAAUUCAGCGCCUCUCCCGAAAACCUCCCGGGACAAAUAUUCUCCCGAAAAUCUCCCGAUUUUCAGCCGGAGCUGGAGGGGGCGUGGCCUCCAGCUCCAUGCAGACCUGAGUGAGGACAGCCUUUUUUUAUGACGGGAGAACAACAGGGUGACAAGAACUAAAUCAUCCAGACUAGAGAUAAAUUGUAUUCUUAUGUUUAUCUCACCUAAAAAUAAAUAUAUUUAUUAAUUACAAAAAAACUAAAUACAUUUUUACUAUAUUUUGCUAAAAACAUCUAAAUUAAUUGUGUUUUUAUUUGUAUUUUUUCUGACUCCUUAA